ACAGAUCAAGAUUGGCUGGUUAAAUAAUGUUGAAUUAAUUAAUGUUGAAGAUUUAGAUGAGUAGUAUUAGAUAAUGUUGAAGUAAGAACUGCUGGCCAAAUACAGUGUGGAACAGCCAAAUGGAAUAAAUUCGAUAACGGAUAAAUGAGGGCGUGUUGGGAAAAACGCUUGGACACGUCGAUUUGUAUUUUUAACUGCGCAUCUUUUUCAAAAAAAAAAUUAUAUAGGGUGCGUCAUGUGACAGUGGCCAAUACCAACUUUCUUAUUUUAAACGCAAGCUCCUGUAUAUUAUUAAUUUUUUGGAUUCUUCAGAAAAUUCUAGACAUAAUUCAUGUACAAUGUCCUAUAUCUAUCUUCAACUGUUUCGGAAAUAUUAAGUAUUUUCAGAUUUAUUACAAAAAUCAACAUUAAAAAUAGAAAAUUAUUUUAUUUCACAAAUUCUCUACAUUACCUUCAAUACUUAUUUCCCAUUUAGCUCUUGAUAAUGAGAAAGUAAACAAAAACCAUUCCUGCGUUUCUUUUUACUGAUAUGAAAUGAAAAAAAUACAAAAACAGUUUUCUUUAUGUUCGUAUAAAACUUGUAGCCUUAGCAACUUGUUGUCUACCUGCAUGACAGUAAUGAUUAGUGUCAGUGCUAUUGUCGUUUGAAUUUCGUUAACUGUACGUAAUAAUAUCAGAAAAAUGGUUCAUUUAACAGAAAUGCACAAAAUAACCAUUCUACAAAUGAUUGGUUAUGGAGAUAAGACACGGACACAGAUGGAAGUGUCUCGCUUAUUUCACGAAAAAUUUCCAAAUUUGCCGCCUGUAUCCCAAGGAAUAAUUAGCAAAAUAGAAAAGCAGUUUCGCGAGCUUGGUCAUGUGAGACAGAUAAAAAAAAGUAGCUGCCAAUGCAGUAAGUGAUGAUACGAAAUUGGAUAUUACGCUCGAGUUUCAAGAAAACCCACAUACUUCUGGUCGAAAAGCAGCCCCACUAUUCAACGUUAGCCACACAGCAAUUUUUCGAACAUCAAAGGAAAGUAAAAUGCAUCCCUAUAAAAUGAUACCAACUCAGGAGCUCAUGGAGGACGAUUUCGAUAGGAGAACGUAUUUUUGUGAACAAAUGAUGGCAAUGUUAGAUAACAAUGUGAUCCAAUUAGAAGAUGUUUUGUUUUCUGAUGAGAGCACAUUUACACUUCACGGUCAUGUUAAUCGUCAAAAUUGCCGCUAUUGGUCUAAUGAGAAUCCUCAUUGGAUGAGAGAGGAACAUACGCAAUAUCCUGAAAAAGUUAAUGUUUGGGCAGGAAUUGUUGGAAAUCAUAUCGUAGGUCCCUUUUUCAUUGAUGGCAACUUGAAUGGGGAUAAAUAUUUAGAACUGCUCCAAAAUAAUGUCGUGCCAACUUUGACAAACUUAUAUCCAGAUCCAGCAAACCCACAAGUUCCUGCCAAUAAAAUAUGGUUUCAGCAAGAUGGAGCACCGCCCCAUUACCAAAUCAAUGUCCGACAGUACCUGAACCAAAUUUUUCCAAAUCGGUGGAUAGGGAGGCGCGGAUCGAUAGAAUGGCCAGCACGAUCUCCUGAUCUGUCGCUAUUAGACUACUUUUUGUGGGGAUAUGUCAAAAGUAUCGUAUACAAAACUAAGCCCCUCAACUUAGAUGACUUAAAAAGACGAAUCACGCUUGCGAUUAGAUCAGUCACGCCUGAGAUGUUGAGUAAUGUUAGAAGACAUUUCUAUACCAGAUUAGCAUGUUGCCAAGAUGUUCGUGGCGAGCAUUUUGAACAUUUACUACAUUGACAUUAAUGUUUUUUUGUUUUUUUAAAUUAUUAAGAAAUAAUCAGUAUUUCUUAUUAGAUUUUUGUAAUAAAUCUGAAAAUACUUGAUAUUUCCGAAACAGUUGAAGAUAGGUAUAGGACAUUGUACAUGAAUUAUGUCUAGAAUUUUCUGAAGAAUCCAAAACAUUAAUAAUAUACAGGAGCUUGCGUUUAAAAUAAGAAAGUUGGUAUUGGCCACUGUCACAUGACGCACCCUAUAUAAUUUUUUUUUUUUGAAAAAGAUGCGCAGUUAAAAAUACAAAUCGACGUGUCCAAGCGUUUUUCCCAACACGCCCUCAUUUAUCCGUUAUCGAAUUUAUUCCAUUUGGCUGUUCCACACUGCAUAUUUGGCGCCAGUCCACUUCUAUAAAACAACCUGCUGACAAAUAUUAUGAUCAGUCUAGUGUGCAUGCGCAGCUAGAGAAGUAUUAAGGCCGCUAAAGGUGAAGAUGCCAGUUCUGUCGAGACACGAAUAGAUAACGGCGUCACACCUUCAGCAGCAAACCUAACCUCCAUUUUGUUUAUAUUUGUGUUUCCAAGUUUGUUAAAUCAACGAUUAAAGUGUUCAAAAUACCUGUAUUUGUUGAUCCACUCUUACAUGGUAGCAGUGCUUGUGACGUUAAAAGCAAUCCACAAUCAAGAAGAAGUUAGUGUUAAAAUGAGUUAUCAAGAAGAAAUGGAUCAAUCCCACGUGUCAACAAUGGAAGUUCCAGAAAACAUAUUCGAGAUGCUGACCAACCAGAGUUUUGUGCGAGUACUUGCAGAAAAGAUUGGAAAUCUAAAUCAUCCGAACACGUCCACGUGUAGCGUAUCCGAUAUAGCAGAGAAGG